AUGAAGGACUGGAAAUUGGAGAUUGGAGAUUGGAGAUUGGAGAUUGGAGAUUGGAGAUUGGAGAUUGGAGAUUGGAGAUUGGAGAUUGGAGAUUGGAGAUUGGAGAUUAGAGAUUAG